GGUGCCCGCCGCCGGAGCCUUCACGCUGCGCCCGGGAAAGUGCUGCAUGGGGCAGGGCCGCUGAAGCGCGGAGUUGGGGAUCGCGCCGAGGCGGGAGCGGGGGCCCGGAGUGGCAGUUGGCACAGUUUCGGCCGCACCUUCAGCGCGGGAGUUGGGGGCGCGGCGCACCUCUCCUGCAGUCUCGGUGCCGCCGUGAGGCUCGAGUUAUGGAGCCCCCCAGCUGCAUUCAGGAGGAGCCGUUCGCGCACCCCUUGGAGCCCGAGCCGGGCGCCCCUGCGCAGCCGGGCCCCGGGAAGCCUGGCGACAAGAGGUUCCGGCUGUGGUACGUGGGGGGGUCGUGCCUGGACCGAAGGACCACGCUGCCUAUGCUUCCCUGGCUCAUGGCCGAGAUCCGCCGGCGCAGCCAGAAGCCGGAGGCGGGCGGCUGCGGGGCGCCGGCGGCCCGCGAGGUGCUCCUAGUUCUCAGUGCGCCCUUUCUACGCUGCGUCCCCGCCCCGGGCGCUGGGGCGGCGGUGGGCUCGGGCCCUGCGGCCGCGCAGCCCAACCCGGCCGUGUUCAUCUUCGAGCAUAAGGCACAACACAUCUCGCGCUUCAUCCACAACAGCCAGGACCUCACCUACUUUGCCUACCUGAUCAAGGCGCAGCCCGACGACCCCGAGUCGCAGAUGGCCUGCCACGUUUUCCGCGCCAUAGACCCGAAUCAGGUUCCUGAUGUUAUCAGCAGCAUUAGGCAGUUGUCUAAAGCUGCCAUGAAAGAGGAUGCCAAACCCAGCAAAGACAACGAGGACGCUUUUUACAACUCUCAGAAGUUCGAAGUCCUGUACUGCGGAAAGGUGACCGUGACGCACAAGAAGGCCCCAUCCAGCCUCAUUGACGACUGCAUCGAAAAGUUCAGCCUGCACGAGCAGCAGCGCCUGAGGAUCCAGGGCGAGCAGCGCGGCCCCGACGCCCGCAAUGACCCGGUGGCCUUCGAGGUCGAGGGGCCGAGUUCACUCACAGACAUUCUCCUGGAGGAAGGGGAUGUUGUCAACUACACCCUCCCUGCCUUACCAGCCACGGCCAGCCAGCCCGGGCUGUCCAGCUCUCGAAUUUGUUUCCCCGAGAUGAUUUUGGAAGAUUCUGGCUUUGAUGAACAGCAAGAAUUCCGGUCUCGGUGCAGCAGCGUCACUGGAGUCCUGCAAAAGAAAGUUCACGAGAACAGCCAAAAACCACAGCCACGACGGAGACACGCCAGCGCGCCCAGUCACGUGCAGCCCUCGGAUUCGGAGAAGAACAGAACCAUGCUGUUCCAGGUUGGGCGGUUUGAGAUUAACCUUAUCAGUCCAGACACUAAAUCAGUUGUACUUGAAAAGAAUUUUAAAGAGAUCUCUUCUUGUUCACAGGGUAUAAAGCAUGUGGAUCACUUUGGCUUUAUCUGUCGGGAGUCACCAGAGCCUGGGCUGAGCCAGUAUAUCUGUUACGUGUUUCAGUGUGCCAGUGAAUCUCUGGUGGAUGAGGUAAUGCUGACUCUGAAACAGGCGUUCAGCACAGCGGCUGCCCUGCAGAGUGCCAAGACCCAGAUUAAGCUGUGUGAGGCCUGCCCUAUGCACUCUCUGCAUAAGCUCUGUGAAAGGAUUGAAGGUCUCUACCCACCAAGAGCCAAGCUGGUAAUUCAGAGACAUCUCUCAUCACUAUCAGACAAUGAGCAAGCUGACAUCUUUGAGCGAGUUCAGAAAAUGAAGCCAGUCAAUGACCAGGAGGAAAAUGAACUUGUGAUUUUACAUCUGCGGCAGCUCUGUGAAGCCAAGCAGAGGACACACGUUCAUAUCGGGGAAGGCCCGUCGACUAUUUUGAAUAGUACAAUACCAGAAAAUACAGCAAGCAGUGGAAGGUUCAAACUUGACAUUCUGAAAAAUAAAGCUAAGAGAUCCUUUACUAGUUCAUUGGAAAAUAUCUUCUCAAGGGGAGCAAACAGAAUGAGAGGCCGGCUGGGAAGUAUGGACAGCUUUGAACGGUCCAACAGUCUUGCUUCAGAGAAGGACUACUCACCAGGAGACUCUCCACCAGGGACACCACCAGCCUCCCCACUGUCCUCAGCUUGGCAGACGUUCCCUGAAGAGGAUUCCGACUCCCCACAGUUUCGAAGACGGGCACACACGUUCAGCCACCCACCUUCAAGCACGAGGAGAAAGCUGAAUUUACAGGAUGGGAGGGCUCACAGUGUUCACUCCCCUCUCCUGAGGCAGAGCUCCAGCGAACAGUGCAGUGAUGGAGAGGGGAGGAAAAGGACCUCUUCUACCUGCAGCAACGAAUCCCUAAACAUCGGAGGAACCCCUGUCACCCCUCGCCGAAUCUCCUGGCGACAGCGCAUCUUUCUCAGGGUUGCUUCUCCCAUGAACAAAUCUCCCUCGGCAAUGCAGCAACAGGAUGGACUGGACAGGAAUGAGCUGCUGCCACUGUCACCUCUUACUCCAACCAUGGAGGAAGAACCGCUGGUUAUAUUCAUGUCUGGUGGUGAUGACCCAGAAAAAGUUCGAGAAAGAAAAAAAUCUGAAGAACUGAGGGCCUUGUGGAGAAAAGCUAUACAUCAGCAAAUUUUGUUGCUUCGAAUGGAAAAAGAAAACCAGAAACUUGAAGCAAGCAGAGAUGAACUCCAGUCCAGAAAAGUUAAGUUGGACUAUGAAGAAGUUGGUGUAUGUCAGAAGGAAGUUUUGAUAACCUGGGAUAAGAAGUUGUUAAACUACAGAGCUAAAAUCAGAUGUGAUAUGGAAGAUAUUCAUACUUCUCUUAAAGAAGGUGUUCCCAAAAGUCGGAGAGGAGAAAUUUGGCAGUUCCUAGCUUUACAGUAUCGCCUGAGGCAUAGAUUGCCUAAUAAACAACAACCUCCUGCGACGUCCUAUAAAGAACUUUUAAAGCAGCUUACUGCCCAGCAGCAUGCUAUUCUUGUGGAUUUAGGAAGGACAUUUCCUACUCACCCGUAUUUUUCAGCACAGCUUGGGGCAGGCCAGCUGUCACUCUUUAACCUCUUGAAAGCCUACUCAUUGCUGGACAAAGAAGUGGGUUACUGUCAGGGGAUCAGCUUUGUGGCUGGAGUCCUGCUUCUGCACAUGAGCGAAGAGCAAGCCUUUGAAAUGCUGAAAUUCCUCAUGUACGACCUGGGCUUCCGCAAGCAGUACCGACCCGACAUGAUGUCGCUGCAGAUUCAGAUGUACCAGCUGUCUAGACUCCUUCAUGACUAUCACAGAGAUCUCUACAAUCAUCUUGAAGAAAAUGAAAUCAGCCCCAGUCUUUAUGCUGCCCCCUGGUUCCUCACAUUGUUUGCCUCUCAAUUUCCAUUAGGAUUUGUAGCCAGAGUUUUUGAUAUAAUUUUUCUUCAGGGAACCGAAGUUAUAUUUAAGGUUGCACUUAGCCUACUGAGCAGCCAAGAGACACUUAUAAUGGAAUGUGAAAACUUUGAAAGUAUUGUUGAAUUUCUUAAAAGCUCUCUACCUGAUAUGAAUACAACUGAAAUGGAAAAAAUUAUCACUCAGGUUUUUGAGAUGGAUAUUUCUAAACAGUUACACGCUUAUGAGGUGGAAUAUCACGUCCUGCAGGAUGAGCUUCACGAAUCUUCGUAUGCCUUUGAGGACAGCGAACCUGUGGAGAAGCUGGAGAGGGCCAAUAACCAACUCAAAAGACAGAACAUGGACCUCCUAGAAAAACUGCAGAUAGCUCAUGCUAAAAUCCAGACCUUGGAAUCCAAUCUGGAAAAUCUUUUGACCAGAGAGACCAAAAUGAAGUCUUUAAUCCGGACCCUGGAACAGGAGAAAAUGGCUUAUCAAAAGACAGUGGAGCAGAUCCGGAAGCUACUGCCCGCCGAUGCUCUUGCCAAUUGUGAAUCACUGCUCAGAGACCUGAACAGCAACCCUAACAACAAAGCCAAGACAGGAAACAAGCCAUAACUGUAGCGUCUGCUGAGACCAUGCUCUGAAAAUGAUUCAGGAAGGAAGAGUCUGCAUGCCGCUGGCCCCCAGUGCUGGACACUGGCACCAUGGAACUGCCUGUCUGGUGCCGAGCCCUCGUCCAAGCCAGUGGGCCUCGCUCUCAUUAGAGUUUGCCAAUCUUAAGCCAUUGUAGGCUGGUUUUUGUUGGUGGUGGUCACUAUGUACAUAUAUACAUAAAUGGACACAAACAGUUCAUGCUUUCAGAUUACAAGGGGUAGAUGUAUAUUUAGAGCAGUUUUUUAAAUCAAAACUUCAUUAAAUCCACACCAAAGGGAAGUGAAAGUGAAAUUCCCCUUGGACACCUGUGAAAUCAUUUUUUUCUUUGACGCCUGUGAAAUCAUUUUUUUCUUUGUAGUGAAACAAAGCUAGCACAUCUUUGUAUAUUGAAAUACACUUGAAAAAAAUGAAUGUAUUUUUUUCUCCAAAGAAUAGGAUGUUUCACUUGAUGGUGGAGAGGUGGAAAUAUUUGUGUAAAUUUAUGUGUAUCUGUCUUAAAAUGUACUGAUAUUGUAUAUAACAGGAAAAUGACUGAUUGCCAGUCAGGCUCCUAUGAUUUUUUUUCAGGAUAAUGGGAGCCUUCCUCCGCUGCCUGCUUUGUGCCAACUAGCAUGAUGUGUCUACAUGCACUUUGAGUCUGGUUAGGCAUUACUUUCGACAUGCCUAAGAAAAAAGCAAGACGUUGUGGCUGAGUCUACCCACCCAGUCCAAGGUGAAACAGUACAUUGCUAAUUUUCUAGGUAAUUAGACCUGCAUUAUAACUCAAACUAAAUAUAUCAGGUCUCAAAACUUUAAUUUAGCACCUAAAAUGUCUAGAUCGGCUUUCCCCCAUUUUAUUUAAAUUACUCCUACAGUACUUAACAGACUCCCCUUUACUUGGUACCACAGUUGAUGACAAGAAUUUGCCAUUUUCUCACCAAUAUGUGGGAGCUCUUACUUUAGUUCUCUUUAUGUUCAAUGAAAGAUAAAGAAGUAUAAUUAUAAUUGGUUUUCUAAAGAUGAUAUAAUGUGUUCAGAUUCUUUUUUUUUUUUUUUGGCCAGUUGUUAGAAUCUGAUAUGCUCAUGAUAAUCUUCCCCUUACAUGUGAAAAUUUAUGAGAACUGUGAAAUGUUUAAAACAAUCUGUUGAAAUCAAUUAGAAGGGAGGGGGAAAGUGGCGCCAAGCCCUUCGAAAACCUACAAUUCUGCAUUUUGACUCCCAACUCUCUCAGCCACAGACAACUUAUUAGAAGACAUUCUCGCAUACUGCAUGUGUGGAAGGAAAGUAAUUUUCAAAGUACACAUUCGAUUCUCCAUUUCCGAGAUGAUUCUAUGAUAGUGCCUCUGAAAGUUGGUGCAGCAUUUUUGCCUUUCCGUACAAUGUUUAUCAUUACUGCUUUUUGCAGUACUUAUGUCAUCACAGAUGGAUCAUCUGGGAUACUCUUCUUCAAAGGGAGUUUGUUAUACACAAGCUACAGCGUAUUAUAGAGUAGAAGAGUACAGCUCUAAAGGCUUCGGAGAGUUGUAGUGAGCAGAUGAUGAGCACCUGAAACCCUCCUGCACAGCCAUACUCAGUGUAAAUGUAAUCACUCUUGUUAUAAAUCAGCAUGCCCUCUAAUCCAGGCAGUUUCUUAAAAGAAAAUAAAGUCUUAUUAGUAAAAUUAGUGUAAUUUCUAGGUUGUAGAAAAUGCUGAUUUUAAGUACCCCAUUCACUUGGGGCCGCCGACUGAUUCACUGCUUGGAUUUCCCUUCAAUUUUUCUAUUCGUAGGAGAAGUUUUUCCUAUGAGGGAUAUGAUGAAUAUCACCUGGUGUUUGUUUUCAUCAGGUGAUGGAAACUACAUGAUGUGUGUGAUACACAGGUGGUAGCCAAGGAAUCUUCAAGUUGGGAAAAUAAACUUUUCCUUUCAGUUAUUCAGUUUAAAGUAAAUUUUAUUCUGGAUCUUCAAAGUCAACAUUAUGAGUUGUAUUAUGGUGUUCAGAGAUUGAGGUGUCUUGGAUACAGUAUUUCUUUUGAGAAUGAAUUUCCUUUUUCUUUUGUGAUUUUUUAAAUGUUGUAUCAGUUAUGCUUCCUGCAUUGUUACAUCUUCAUCCAAUAUAUGUAAUGUCUAGUUCAUUUCCAAUAAAUACAUUGCUACAGUC